UUACCCUUAAAAUGCGCGCCUCGCGGCCCCCCACGCCUCCCUCCCUGCGGAGUGGGGAGUCCCUGUAGACAUUAGGGUCCCGCCGCCUUUGGGGUUAAAGUCGCUCGGAGGCCGGCUCUGCCCGCGUCUCCGUCCCUCGGGGCGGUGUAGACGCGUCCUCGUGCGCCGGUUGUCGAUUUACAGUCCGUUGUUGGCCUCGUUUCCCCACCCCUAGCCACGAGCAUUCCUUGGGCGCUCGGCAGCUCGGUCCAGGAGAGGGGGCGUCCUCCCCAGUCCUGGGGGGCCGCGGGCCCCACCCCUCUCCUCAGCCGCUCCCUGUCCGCCCGCUGCCGCCCCUAAGCCUCCCCGGUCCCCGCGAGGUCCCAGGGCCUGGUGAAAGGAAGAGUCACCUCCACCUGCGCCACCCACCCGUCUCCUCCCGUGUCAGCUGUCAGCUCAGUACUGACUGGCAAUGACCCGUCCCUGCAACUGGCUGUUGCCCACCCUGUGGUUGUGCACCGCUGUCAGCCCUCCUCACCGUCUCAGAACGGUGUGUAUCCUUCCUCCACUGUGCCACUGUGGUUAACCCAGGGUUUUAUUUUAGUGUACUGCAAAAGUGUAUCGUGCAUAAAACACACACACUGAAUGAAGAUUUUAUUUUCUUUCCACUCUUCCAUAUUCAAAACAAAAUUCUGCAGUAACUACAUUUCUCUGUGCAGUGGGCAGCAGAGGACCGUCUUCUACAUGGUGAGGCCUUCCCUGUGCGUGUGGUUGUGGCCUGGCACGGAGUGUGUUAAUUCUAAGCAUCAAACAGCUAACCUUGACAUUCAAGAUUGACUUCCAAGGACUCUCGUGUUACCUGAAGAGGAGGAAGAGGGAAGAAAAGCAGUCAGGGAUGGCUCUGACGCAGGAACAGGUGACAUUCAGGGACGUGACCAUAGAAUUCUCUCAGGAGGAGUGGGAUUGCCUGGACCCUACUCAGAGAGCUUUGUACAGGGACGUGAUGCUGGAGAACUACAGGACCCUGCUGUCCCUCGAUAUCUUUUCUAAAUAUGUCACCAAGGAAUUGCCACCAGAAAGGAAUAGUAAUUUAGAAGAAAUAUUCCAAACAGUGGUGUUAGAAGCACAGGAAAGCCAUGAAAUUGAAGAAUUUCAUCUCAGGGACAUCCAGAAAAAUGUACAUGACUUUAAGUGUUAUUGGACGAAUGAGGAAAGACAUCAUAAAGGAGUGUGUAUGACUCAAAAGGAACAUCUCACUGAUAGACAAAAGCAGUAUGGUAGAAGGGCUACAGAAAAGAAGCAUAUUAAAAAUCAACUUGGAACAAGGUUUCAGUUACAUCUACCUGAAUUGCAGCUGUUUCAAGCUGAUGGAAAAAUUUAUGAAUAUAAGUGUGUUGUGCAGUCUAUUAAUAGUGGUUCCUUGGUUUUGCCCCACCUGAGAAUUCCUCCCAGUGUCAAAACCCAUAUUUCUCAUAAAUUUGAAAAUGAUUUUAUGGAUUCUUUAUUCACACAAGAACAGGAGGCACACAUUAGUACAAAAUCUUACAAAAAGAAUGAAUAUGGCAAAACUUUUAAUCGAGGCUCACACUUUAUUGUAAAUGAGUUAAUCCAUGCUGGAGAGAAACAAUUUAAAUGUGAUAUAUGUGGCAAGGUCUUCAACCAAAAAUCAAACCUUACAAGUCAUCGGAGAAUUCAUACUGGAGAGAAACCCUACAAAUGUAAUGAAUGUGGAAAGGUCUUCAAUCAUAUUUCACACCUCGUACAACAUCGGAGAAUUCAUACUGGAGAGAAACCCUACAAAUGCAAUGAAUGUGGAAAGGUCUUUAGUCAUAAAUCAUACCUUGCAAAUCAUCAGAGAAUUCAUACUGGAGAGAAACCUUACAAAUGUAAUGAAUGUGGCAAAGUUUUCAAUCAGAUUUCACACCUUGCAAGUCAUCGUAGAAUUCACACUGGAGAGAAACCUUACAAAUGUAAUGAAUGUGGAAAGGUGUUCCAUCAGAUUUCACACCUUGCACAACAUCGGACAAUUCAUACUGGAGAGAAACCUUACAAGUGUAAUGAAUGUGGCAAAGUGUUUAGUCGCAGUUCACACCUCACAUGUCAUCGUCGGAUUCAUACUGGAGAGAAACCUUACAAAUGUGACGAGUGUGGCAAACUCUUCAGCCUUUCACACCUUGCACAACAUCGGAGAAUUCAUACUGGAGAGAAACCUUAUAAAUGUCAUGAGUGUGGCAAUGUCUUCAGUCACAAGUCAUCCCUAGCAAAUCAUCAAAAAAUUCAUACUGGAGAGAAGCCCUACAAAUGUAACGAAUGUGGAAAAGUGUUUAGUCGCAAUUCGUAUCUUUCAGAACAUCUAAUAAUUCAUACUGGAGCAAAGCCUUACAGAUGUAAUGAAUGUGGCAAAGUCUUCAGCCAGAAUUCAUAUCUUGCAUGUCAUCACAGAAUUCAUACUGGAGAGAAACCUUACAAAUGUGAUAAAUGUGGCAAAGUCUUCAGUCUGCAUUCAUCCCUAGCACAUCAUCAGAGAAUUCAUACUGGAGAGAAGCCUUAGAAAUGUAAUAGCUGUGUUAAGGUCUUCAGUCAUAAUUGACAUUUGUACACUGGAGAAUUCAUGGUGGAGAGGAACCUUACAGAUGUAAUAAGUAUGGCAAAGCUUUUAGUGUGUGUUCAGUCCUACCCCAUUGUGAAAUUCAUAUUGUGAAAAUGGAAGGGUCUUCAAUGAGAAUUGAUAACUUCAGAAUCACUGGAGAUUUUUUAUUGGAAAGCUGAUAAAUGAGGCAAAGUCUUCAGUGUUCAAACCUUGCAAAACCAUAGGAAAAUUCCUACUGGAAAGAAGCUUUACAUGUGUGUUAUGGAUGUGUGAAAGCUGUUAGUUUUUGUUGAAAGCUUACUAUUAGUUAAUCCAUAGUGAAGAGAAACUUUGCCAAUGUAUUUUUUGUGACAAGGUCUUAAGGUGAAAGUCACAUCAGUAUUCACCUAAGAAUUCAUGUUAGAAGCUUCACAACUGUAAUGAGAGUACAAAAUCUUAUUUUAGGAAAAGAUUCACUUAUUCAAAAGACAGACUUACAAAGAGGGAGAGACAGAUCUUUGAUCCACUGUUCCACUCCCCCAAAAGGCUUCAACAGCUGGGGCUGGGCCGGGCUGAAAUCAGGAGCCAGGAUAUCCACCUGGGUCUCUCGCAUGAGUGGUAGGGACCCAAGUACUUGGGCUGUCUGCUGCGCCCCCAGGUGUAUUAGCAGGGAGGUGGAUCAGAAGUGAAGCAGCUGAGACUCACAACUCGUGCUCAUGGGAUGCCAGGGUCAUGGGCAGCAGCUUAAUCUGCACAAUGCCCAGAGUGUGGAGAAUGUAAGUAUCCAUUCAGGCCUCACUAGACAGAUACUCCAUUCUGGAGAGAAAACAUACAAAGCUUGUGUCUGUAGAAAAUCCUCUCGGUACUCGCAUCUCAGUAACCAUUGGGUAAUCCAUACUGGAGAGAAACCAUAGAAAUGUAAUGAAUGUGACAGAGCAUUCUCACACAGUCCGUACUGUGCACAUUAUCAGAUAAUUCACACUGGAGAGACCUUGCAGAUAAGUCUGGCAUGCCAUUGUGAGUCCAAGCAUUAACCAACAUCACAGAAGCUGUAUUGAAGAGUUGUGUAACUAAUAUGUGUGUCCAAGACGUCCACACCCAGAAACUCACUAAGCACCAAACAGCACAUCUCUAAUGAAACCAUAGGAAUGUAAUUUGCAUACUGAGUAUGUUGUCUAGCAUCCAAACUGUAGAGCAGCAUUCAAACCAGAGAGCAACCUUACAAGUGUAAUGAGUAUAAGAAGUAUUUUUAAUCAAAACAUUUAUGAUUUUGUUGUCAUGAGAGGAUUUAUCAAGGAGAAAAAUCAGACAAAAAUAAUGACCCUGGAGUCAUGAGAGGAUUUAUCAAGGAGAGAAACCAGACAAAAAUGAUAAACCUGGAAUGUUCACUAGUCAAAGUGCGUCCCCAGGAUUCACCAAAGAAUUCAUACUCUAAAGGACCCUUAUAAAUGUAGUGAUACGGUAAAUUAGCCAACUCUGACAAUACAUUCCACAUCAGAAUUCAUAAAGUGAGUACAUUGUAAUUGUUCAAGACUAACUUUUGAUGUCAUACAUUGCAGAAUAAUUGCAAGUCAGAAUAUGUUAGGAAUUAAGUUAAAAUGUCAGAGGUGCAAAGAUACUUGGAAACUAAAUCCUCAGGUUUUAAAACAUUCCUUUUUUUGAGGUUUCUUGGAAAGUUUUUUAGUAUUUUCUCCUUUUAAAAUGAAAUUAGAAAUCUGAUGUUAUGCCUUCCUUUCAUGUCUUGUGGUGUAUAGGAAAGAAGGAAAAAGGCCAUAAUUAUGCUUCUGGGUGGUGUGUGCCUAACCUGGGGUCACUUAGACCAAGGACAAGGAAAGGGGCUUAGGAGGGGGUUCUAUGCUCACCCUCACAGAACCGAACAGCACACAGAACACUGAGGGGCCUACUUGCCGAAAUCCAAGGGGGAGUCCGACACGCUGUCUCUUUCUCAGUCACGUUGGCAUGCCAGAUGGUGCUGUGGAUUCGUUCCUGAGAGGAGGAGCGUGGUGGGGGCAAGAAGCGCAGAGUCACCACACAGACCCUGGGAGUCAGGUGAAAGUGGGCCAGAGGGGAGCAGCCUGCAGACUUAUUUAUUUCAGUUGGUACAACAGCUUAUAUAGCCAAGACAGCCAAUCAGGUCAAGGGGUGGUUUAUGCCCUAACCAAUCACAGCCUGUUGCCAGGCAGGCUCCAUUUGCCAUGUGAUUUCCAAAGCCAUCCAAUCUCAGCCUGUUCCAGGCAGGCUCCAUUUGCCAGGUGGGUUUCAAAGCCAUACCUGAGUAACUGAUGUUCCCUUGCCAGUGGCCAUCUUGAUAUGGCCUUCUCAUUCCACCACAGGUGAGGAAAGUUCUUAUUGCUGUUCCUGGAUAAAAAGAAUACUGCCUUUUACAUUUUAAUAUCUGUAUUUGAGAACAUUUGCAAGGGGCUGAGAAUAAUGCUAAUACUAUGAUGUCAGUCAUCCUGCUUAUUGCAUUCAGUUUGCCAUUUUCCCAACAGGGAUUUAGGUAAGGAGUGCUCUGCCACUUGCCUGUAAAAUUGUUAGAAAGGUCUUCCGUUUCCAUUGGUUCACCCCCCAAUGGCCGCUGCGGCUGGUGCACCAUGCUGAUCCAAAGCCGGGAGCCAGGUGCUUCUCCUGGUCUCCCAUGUGGGUGCAGGGCCCAAACACUUGGGCCAUCCUCCACUGCACUCCCGGGCCACAGCAGAGAGCUGCACUGGAAGAGGAGCAACCGGGACAGAAUCUGGUACCCCUACGGGGACUAGAACCUGGUGUACCAGCGCUGCAGGCAGAAGAUUAGCCUAUUGAGCCACGGCGCAAGCAAGUGAUAUGUUCUUAAGGGUUGAUUAUGUGGUUGAAAUACAAGUGAAAUGGUGGUCACCUAUAUUGAAUAGCAAAAGCUAAUGUAUAACAAGAUUGAUGAAAAAUUAGCCUUGUUUUUGAAAUUUAAGAGAGAAUGGUUACUGGAGAGUAGCAUUUAAUCAACUGCAAAGUAUGCUCUUGAUCAGGAAUCAUAUUCAACUGCUAGCAUUGUAUUUCCUACUGCUUUAUUCAGAUUAUGAGGUCUUAAUAAAAUUUAAUCUUUUUUCAUA